GUUACAGCAUUUUGUAGAAAAUAAAUGAUGUUCGACGAUGGAUGAUUCCGUGUUCAGGAAUAUUGAUGGCAAUUGCUUUGAAGAGGAUACGGCGUUUAGUGAUCCAUUGAGCGAUUACGCGGGUGAUUUCGAUAUUGUACGAUUUUUGGACGAGAACAGUACCCCGAUUGACAGCCCUGUAGCAGACACUACUCGGUUCAUAUCGCAACAGGUACAAGGUCAUCAUCAUCACCAUCAUCAGCAACAACAACAAUCGCAGCAACAUCAUUAUCAGCAGCAGCAACAACAACAGCAUCACCCGCCACUGCCGCAAUCGCAUCAAAACAUCACAACUGUUGCAAUUUCCGAAGCGGCCAACAAAAUGAUGUAUCAAAAUCCAGCUAGAUUACCUGACAGUCCACCAAUCACGGAUAUCUCGGGUGCUGGUUCGUCAGGCUCGCCGAGCUCUGCUUCAGAUUCACCAUAUUCUCCAGAUAAUUAUCAGAAUUAUCAGCUUAUCCAUGGUGCUCAGCAGAACGGCAAUGGCCUGAUUCUCGGUGUACGGCCUGAUCUAGCGACACAUAUGUUGGUACCACAAGAGCUUCUGCAACAGAAUCAUCUUGGUAACCGUAUACUACAACAUGUUUUGCCUUCACCACAAUCCGAUUUCAUCGGCAAUAGUGGUGGAUAUCCGCCGCAGUCGACACCAUCCGCAUUACCUCAGGUUUCACCGCCAACGGUCAACUUGCGACCUGUUAAUAACAGUUAUUUGAUCCAGAAUAACGAUUAUCAAAUGGAUCCCUAUAGUAAUGUUAUCAGUUCCACAGCUAGUGAUGGUGAUGGUUCAGGCUCCCAAAGUGAUGGCCAAGUAAGUCGUAAACGUGUGCGAUCAGAGCAACAACCACCGCCACCACCACCACCACCACCAUCACAGCAACAGCAACAGCAGCCUCAUAAUUCGGUACCAGUUAAUGUGAAAAGUGAGCCUCAGAAGGUUUCACCGCCAACGGUCAACUUGCGACCUGUUAAUAACAGUUAUUUGAUCCAGAAUAACGAUUAUCAAAUGGAUCCCUAUAGUAAUGUUAUCAGUUCCACAGCUAGUGAUGGUGAUGGUUCAGGCUCCCAAAGUGAUGGCCAAGUAAGUCGUAAACGUGUGCGAUCAGAGCAACAACCACCGCCACCACCACCACCACCACCAUCACAGCAACAGCAACAGCAGCCUCAUAAUUCGGUACCAGUUAAUGUGAAAAGUGAGCCUCAGAAGGUAUUCUCGUUACCCAGUCAGCUUACAGUGAUAUCAUCACCGGUAACUACAGUGGAAGAUUUUGACGACAGUUUUCACCAGCAAGCGAUCAAAUUUACUGCAUUCAACGAAGAGCAUUGGGCUACCUUGUAUGAUAUCAACCAAAGACCGUUGCAUCAACUGGAAAUGCAUGUUGUGGCAGAUAAAGGAUUCAAUUACAGUACUAUGGAUAAUUGCUUUGUAAAUCAGAAGAAAAAUCAUUUUCAGAUUUCUGUACAUAUCGAAGCAAUCGACAAUCAUCCGCCAAAUUUCGUCAAAAUAGGUAACGAAUUGAAAAUGGUGAAAGAAUUCAAGUUAGCAUUUUGUGGUGUAAAAAGUGAAAUGCCAACGUCAGAGAUACAAAUCAAGCAGUCUACAACGGAUAGGAGGCCAGUGCCACAUGAUCCUGUAUCACUUGAAAUUCAUGAACGACGGAUGACAAAAGUAACUGUACCAAGGCUGCAUUUCUCGGAAACAACGAUGAAUAAUCAGAGAAAAAACGGUCGUCCAAAUCCGGAUCAGAAAUAUUUCCUACUUGUUGUACGUUUGAUUGCAUGUACUGCUGAUGGGCAUGAUGCCAUUGUUCAGGCUUAUCAAUCCGAGAAAGUAAUUGUUCGAGCUUCAAAUCCGGGUCAGUUUGAGCCACCAGAUUCGGACGUUACAUGGCAGAAGAACGGUUCCACUCUAUAUUAUAAUAGUGGUUCGGUGGCAAUUGGUACUGAUCGAGCUGUUGCGCCCUUGACUGUUGGUGGUGACAUCUAUUGCUCUGGAGUUGUGCAUCGUCCAUCCGAUCGUCGAAUGAAAGAACAAAUCCAUGAGGUGGACACUAAAAGCGCCUUAUCUCAUCUUGCCCAAAUUCGUGUUGUUGGCUAUUCGUACAAACCAGAAAUAGCUUUAAAAUGGGGUCUAUCGGAAGAAAAUCGUCACAGAGUUGGUGUUAUUGCUCAAGAACUGGCCGAGAUUUUGCCCGAUGCCGUGACCGACAAUGGCGAUUUCUUACAGGUUGAUGACUCACGGAUAUUCUAUGAAACAGUUGCAGCAGCAACCGAACUGUGUCGCCUUACGGGAAAUUUGGAGCAUAAGAUUGAAGCUGUUGAAAAGUUAUCUCACAAACUAGCCAAAUUACAUCAGCGGAAAAAUAAGGAUAUCGGUAGUUUAGCAAGUGGCCUAAGUGAUCUUGGAUUCUCUGAUAAAGCAAGCUUCAUGUCAUCGCAUACAUCACUUGCUUCGAUUUCUCCAUCUUGUGUUUCACGCGACAAAUGUUAUCGUAGGAGUAAUAAGGAGCGGAGCAGAAGCCGUGAAAAACACUGGCACUGCAGAAAUUCAUCUUGUCAUCGUGCGGAACCUCCAUUAUGUAGUUCAAAAGUAACGCAAGGGACAAUUGUCAUUCUUGUUGGAGUAAUGGCUGUUUGUUUAAUAGCUAUGUCAACAUUAUAUGUGCUGGACUGGCAUACUCGAACAUUUGGAUAUCAGAAACGGCCUUACAUCUUUGAAAGUACUACUACUAAUAGACCAGUGGUGGAACAAGGUGGUAAAAUUGGUCAAAUUGUGCAAGUGAAGGAUAAUGUUUGGAAGCCACCAAUCCAACCGCAUGCGCCACCUUUAAGCGUUUCAUGUGAUCAUAUGUAUUGUCAUAUGUUUUGUUGCAUGGAGCGUGAUGAAUAUAGCGUACCAAAUGAUAACUCUGGUGAUAAGAUAAAUCAGCAAACAGUUUUGACUCUUUCGCAGCAACAACAAUCAUUAAAAAUCAAAGGCAGUACGGAGAACAGGCCAUUACCUCACGACAAACGAGCCGUUUUUUCAUCAUUCGCAUCAGAUGUUACCAUUGAAAUACUGGAUUUCAAUGUAACGCUCGAUAGUCGAUAUUGUAUAAGUGAUAGUUGUAAAUCACGUCGUGGUCUCUACACCCUUUAUAUACCCAUUUCGCCGACUAUGCCAACUGUCCCACUGGAAGUUAAAUUCGACGUUGGGGAUAGUAGUAAUUAUAUCGAUAAUUGCGGUAGUUUGCGAGAUUUUGAUCAAAAACCAUGUAAUGAUGAACAUGCUAUAAGGACAGAUCGUGGGAAGCAACCAGUCGUUCAAAAGAUAGUGGAAGGAAUCUAUGAACUACCAGUUGGCAACUAUAUGCAUAGCGCAUAUCGAUUUCGCAUUGGCUACAGUACCGAAUCUUGCAAUAUGAACGAAUCUCAACGCGGACGUAGCUUUGAUGAAUAUAAUUUGAUCUUCUAUCGUCGUUGUCAAACUGCUAUGAACUUUUAACAUUUAAAUUUAUGGAUAUGGUUGGACUUUAGUAUUUUUUCCAUUCUAC